GUGCUUGUGAGCACAGCGCAAACCAACGCACGUGCCGCGCGUGCGACGGAGCCGCGUUCUGCGAGCACGGGCAUCGCCGCCAAGUUUGCGUACAAUGCGUGUGCUGAGUGCAAUGACUGUCGGUGUGAAGUGGAAGACUGCGCAAUGAAUGGGCACCGCUUUGCUAGCGUGUGCAACCUGCUGAACCACAUGCGCACCUACCACGGUGACAACCCCAAGGCGCUGACGAAGCGCAAGGAGCUGGAAGUGCACCAGCUGCUGAGCCAAGCCGGGUUGCAGUUCGAGUACCAGCGCCACCUGCCCUUCCGCGGCUGCGGGCUGGAGUCGGAGACGCAGUGCGCCUUCGCAGACUUCGUGCUGUACGCCGGCUGGGGAGCCGUCAUCCUGGAGGUGGAUGAAAACCAGCACCGCGAGCGCGACCCCAGCUGUGACGUGCGCCGCGAUUUUGACAUGGCAGCAAGUGUGGCAUUGGGCAGCGCCCACAAGCUUGCGAUCGCGCGCUACAAUCCCGACCCUUUCAAGGUGGCGGGCAGGACAAUGCGCACGCCCAAGAAGGAGCGCCGCGUCCGCCUCCUGCAGCUGUUGCACAGCUUGCUGCAGGAAGAGCCGGAGCGACAGUUCCAGCGCCUUUUCCUGUACUACGACAGGGCGGCCGAGGACAGCGAGCUGCCCGCCGUGGCGGAGGACUGGGACGUCAUCAGCGGAAUCACAGCUGGGCAGCUUGCGGCGGUUUUGACUGCUUAUACCCCUCUGACCGCGACGGCAACCAACACGACCUCCAUUUCGGCCAAUGCGACGGGCGUGGCCAACAAUGCGACCGCAAUUGCCGCGCUGCAGACGCAGGUCGACAACCCGCCCACCCCGCCUGACCUCCCCCCCUGUGGACGCCAAGAGCACGCCGGCCAGCUCCAGGCCUUCAGCAACACGGCGGCCAUGAAUUCGGCCAUCACCAGCGCCAACAACGCAACCCUGGCCAGCGUGGCGUCAAACUACACCCUUAGAACAGUAACCGACCAGCUGGCUUUGGAUCUCGCCGCCAAGCAGUCUGGCCUGGAUGUUGACACCAAGAUCGCCAAUGCGCUGCUGGACCGGCCCAGCACCGCUGACCUGACGGCGGCGGUCAACUUCAAGACCACGCUGGCAGACGUCGAUCAAAGGUCGCUUUGGACGCGGCCCUGGCCUUGCGAGACGGCAGGCUCGACGCGGCCGAGGCGUCCAUCGCAACCUUGCAAGCGGCGGGCUUCCAAACGGCGGCCCAAGGGGCCAGCGCCAUCGCGACGGCACUGCUCCCUUACACCGACACCACCGGUCUCAACUCCCUACUGGCGGUGCGGGAUGGUAGGCUUGACGGCGCAGAAGCAUCUAUAUCGUCCUUGCAAGCAGCAGGCUUCCAGACCUCUGCCCAAGUGGCAAGCGCCAUUGCGCUCCUGCCUUACGUCCAACAAACGGGGCUGGACGCCGCGCUGGCCCUCAGGGACGGCCUUGCAGUCUGCGGGCCCCUUUGCCACGUCCUCCAACCUGACUGCUGCCGAAACCAGCCUGCAGAGCGCCAUAGACGCCAUCCUCGCGCAGCUGGCGGCCUUGACCACCGGCGGCGGCAGCAACCUGAUCAACGCCCAGGCCUGGUCUGGCGAGAUCACGGACCUCCUGCUGGGCACCAACACUCUCCGCAACCUGCACUUCAACGCGCCGCCUGCAGAACGACAACUUCACCGCUGUGGGGCGUCUGCAAACGGCUGCAGGCCAGAGUGGAGGCGUUGGAAAACAAAGGCGAUCAGCGAAAGCUGCCGACGCCGCAACCCAGUCCAGGUUGCCCCAGAUCCUGGUGAGCUUGCGGUAAGGGUAGCCGUAGGUGCAGUAGCUGACGUCCUGCCAGGGCAGGCCCGCCAUGAAGGGGCGGAGCUUCAGGAGCCCGGUGGCAGGAUUCUCCAAGGCCCAGAAGCGAGGGCGGAGGUCCUGGAUGAUCUGCAGAGUUCGCUGCACCAGGCGGUCGCCCUCCUCGAGGCGUCUGGGCCUGCCAGGUCCAAUACCAACAAGGGCAACAAGAGGAUUCCCGCGCCUCUGCGAAAGCCCCUUGAAAGCAUGUGGACAGUCGUGCCGGACAAGGCCAAGAAGGCCCUGGAAGAGGCGGGGUGUCAACCCCCGGAGCCCGCCACGGAGGAAAAAGACCUGGUCGAGCUGUUGCGAACGUUCGAGGACAAGUUGCCUUCGGAGGUACCUGCAGCCCUGCCAUCAAAGCCGACACUCGGCCCAAUAGAGGAGGGCAAGGAAGUUGCGGACAAGUAUGCGGGGGCGGUUCGAGACCUGCGCAUACUGGGCAGGGAAAAGCUUGACCUGCAGUCCCGCAUCGAUGCCAGCAAGGCCAACCUCCUGCUUCGACUCAAGAAGAUGCAACAGCUUCAGGACGAUAUUCGAAAGGCCCAAGACAGAGUCAAUCAAGAGACUCUGGAGUACCAACAAAAGGUUCUGGACCAAACUGAAGAUCCAGACCCCGUUUGA